AUGCCUACCGUCGGCGUGGACAAGGAGCGCUUCUUCCAGGCGCUCGGCCGCACCUACACCACGCGCGAGUUCGACGAGCUCUGCUUCCAGUUCGGCAUCGAGCUCGACGACGACACGACCGAAGAGGUGCAGAAGGCCGGACUCGGUGAGAGGCCGCAGCUCAAGAUCGACAUCCCCGCCAACCGAUACGACCUGCUCUGCCACGAGGGCAUCUCGCGUGCGCUCAACGUCUUCCUGGGCAACAUCGAGCAGCCGCAGCUGCGCCUCACCCAGCCCGAAAAGCUGAUCGAGGUCAAGGUCUCCGCCGAUACCGCCAAGAUCCGCCCCUACUUUGCAGGCGCCGUGCUGAGGAACGUCACCUUCACGCCCGAGAGCUAUGCCAACUUUAUCGAUCUGCAGGACAAGCUGCACCAGAACCUCGCGCGUCGCAGGACGCUCGUGGCCAUCGGCACACACGACCUCGACACCAUCCAGGCACCCUUCAGCUACGAGGCGCUGCCGCCGACCGAGAUCAAGUUUGCGCCGCUCAACAAGCAGACCGAGUACGAUGCGGUGCAGAUGAUGCAGCUGUACGAGAGCGACAAGCAUUUGUCGAGGUAUCUGCCCAUCAUCCGCGACAGCCCUGUUUAUCCGAUCAUCUACGACCAGAAUCGUCAGGUGCUCAGCAUGCCGCCCAUCAUCAACUCGGACCACAGCAAGAUCACGCUCGCGACGAAAAACGUCUUUAUCGACACCACCGCCGUCGACGAGACCAAGCUGGGCAUCGUCAUCAACAUCAUUGUGGCCAUGUUUUCGCAGUACUGUGCCGAGCCGUUCACCGUGGAGCCGGUGCGUGUGGUGUAUGCCGAUGGCACACAGAAGGUGACGCCGGACCUGUCCAACGUGCGCUUCGAUGCGUCGGUCGAGUACAUCAACCGCUGCACGGGGCUGGCGCUCUCGGCGGACGACAUGGUGGGUCUGUUGCGCAAGAUGGGCCACACCGCUGCCGUGGAUGCGUCGGACGCAGGUAAGCUCGUGGUGGAUGUGCCGCCCACACGACCGGACAUCCUGCACGAGUGCGAUCUCAUGGAAGACGUAGCCGUGGCGUACGGAUUCGACAACCUGCCCAAGACGUUCCCUGCGACCAACACGGUGGCUGCGCCGUUGCCGCUCAACAAGCUGGCCGACAUUGUGCGUCGCGAGUGUGCCUACUCGGGCUGGGUGGAGGUCCUUCCGCUCAUCCUGUGUUCGCACGACGAGAACUUUGGCUGGUUGAACCGACCGGAUUCCGGCAAAGAGGCGAUUGUGUUGGAGAAUCCCAAGACGGCCGAGUACCAGGUGGUCCGUACGACGUUGCUGGCGGGACUGCUCAAGACGGUUCGCGAGAACAGGAAGCAUGCUCUGCCGCUGCGCACGUUCGAGGUGAGCGAUGUGGCGUUCCAGGAUGCAGAGGAGACGGAGCGGUGCGCGCGAAACCAGCGCCAUGUGGGCGCGGUCUACUGCGACAAGGCGGCGAGCUUCGAGGUGGUGCACGGUCUUUUGGAUCGGCUCAUGCUCUCGCUGGCUGUGCCGAGGAUCUCGGGUGCGGCGGCGAAGGAGACCAAGGGCUACUGGAUCGAACAGGCCGAGGACGCCACCUUCUUCCCCGGCAGGGCGGCGACCGUCCAUCUCAGGACGCCAAGGGAGAAGGUCAACCCCGGUGCGGCGACGGGUGCAAAGGGCGCGUUGGAAACGGUCAAGCAGACGCUCGAAAAGGUGCUCCCCGGUAACGAGUACACCGACGAGAAGGUCGGCACCAUCGGCGUGCUCCAUCCGUCGGUGCUGGCCAGCUUCGGUAUCGACUACCCCUGCUCCGCGCUCGAGUUCAACCUGCAUCCGUUCCUCUGA